GAGAAUAUAAAAAUGUUUUGUUUAUUUGCUUGUGGCGAAAAACUAAUUAACUAAAUAACUACAAAACAAACGACGUCAAGUGCCAGAGAUCCAGUCGCUGUGAUCGACUGCGAUUGCGAUUGCCUCUCAACGCUUUGCAUCUAAAUCAGUGAAUCAAGUGCAGUGCUAAAUAACCAAAAAAACAAAACAACAAAAAAAUAAAGAAACACAUAAUCAAAAUUCAAAUCAAAUCAAAAAACCACACAACGCAUUAAAUUGUAAUAUUAAAGAAAAAAACAUAAACAAACCUUACACAUAACCAUGGAUAACGAAGCGGUAUCGGCUCUGUGGUCCUGUGCCAGUGCCACCUGUCUGUCGCUGGAUGUGAAACGACAUUGCAGUGAUGCCAAUGUCGAUAGCCAGGCCAGGACCCAAUCACAAGCGACGCCGAUGACAAACGAGACUGAUCCUCGCAAACUGCGGCACAUUGCUCAUACGCCGCGUGGCAGCUGUUUUAUGACACUUUUGCUGCUGCUACUGCUGGCGCUGAACUUUCGGCACGCACAUAGCUGCGGACCGGGUCGGGGAUUGGGACGGCGCAGGGAUCGCAAUCUGUAUCCGCUUGUGCUGAAGCAGACGGUGCCAAAUCUAUCGGAAUAUCAGAGCGGCGCCUCGGGUCCACUGGAGGGCGUCAUCGAUCGCAAGUCACCCAAAUUUAAGGAUCUAGUGCCACUCUACAACAGUGAUAUACUAUUCAGAGAUGAGGAGGGCACCGGCGCCGAUCGUAUGAUGACCAAGCGCUGCAAAGAGAAACUGGUCAUGCUGGCCACUUCUGUGAUGAACGAAUGGCCCGGCGUCAAGCUGCUGGUGACCGAGAGCUGGGACGAGGAUCAUCAUCACGGCGAGCAGUCACUGCACUACGAGGGACGAGCGGUGACGAUUGCCACCUCAGAUCGCGAUCAAUCCAAAUAUGGAAUGCUAGCACGCUUAGCCGUCGAGGCUGGCUUCGAUUGGGUUUCGUAUGUGAGUCGCCGUCACAUCUACUGCUCCGUCAAAUCAGAUUCCUCGUCUUCGAUUUCGCAUGUGCAUGGUUGUUUCACGCCGGAGAGCACAGCGCAGCUGGAGAGUGGCGCAAAGAAACCGCUGGGUGAACUGGCCAUUGGGGAUCGUGUGCUCAGCAUGGAUGCCAAAGGGCAAGCCGUCUACAGCGAGGUCAUACUCUUCAUGGACCGCAAUCUGGAGCAGAUGGAGACCUUCGUGCAGCUGCACACAGAUGGCGGGGCCGUGCUGACCGUUACGCCUGCCCAUCUGAUCACCGUGUGGCAGCCGGAGCGGCAAACGCUCGACUUUGUCUUUGCCGAUCAUGUCGAGGAGCUCAACUAUGUGUUGGUGGUAGAUGAUGCAACGGGCGGCGAGUUGCGCCCACAGCGUGUCCUGCGGGUGAGCAGCGUGCGUCGACGUGGCGUCGUUGCUCCCCUCACCCGCGAGGGCACCAUUGUGGUCAACUCCGUGGCCGCCUCGUGCUAUGCGGUGAUUAGCAGUCAAUCGCUGGCGCAUUGGGGCUUGGCGCCCAUGCGUCUAUGGAGCACACUGCAAUCCUGGCUGCCAGCGAAGGACAAGCUGCGCAGCUCGAAGGUGCAGGAGAAGUCAACGCCAAAGGUGAACUCAACAGCGCAGCUGCAAAAUGGUUUGCACUGGUAUGCGAAUGCGUUGUACAAGGUUAAAGAUUAUGUCCUGCCGCAGAGCUGGCGUCACGAUUAGGGCAGCAGUAUUGGGAGUCAAUUGCCAACCCACCCCACCACCACACACACAUUUAUGCAGUUCCACAUAUGCCGACGUAGACGUCAAAUAAUUGUAAUAUAUAUUUUCUAGUUAUGUAUGUACUAUAUCUAUAUAGAUAUAUAUAUAUAUAUGUAUGCCUAAAAACAAUUAUUGUAUUUCAAUGUUAAUUAUGAUUAAUGCUGAUCAAUACUAUUUAUUUAUCACACACAAAUUGUUGAGAAUAUGUAAAAAGAAAAAACACACACGCAAACAAAAAAUGUAUCUUUGACUUUUUGUAACGAACACAUUUUAGUUGUAAGUAGGCAAUCCGUGGCAGAGAUCAUCCUAAAGUCCCAAAAAAAAAAAAACGAAAAAGAAAAAGGAAAAAAAUGAACCAAUUCUUGAAACGAGGAUUAUGACGACUGUUGUAUAUUUUAAAAUAUUAAUGCAUAUUUAUUGAAGUGCGGAUGUGAGUUCAAAUUAUUGGAUAUAAUAUAUC